AUGAACUCGAAAAAAACUGCAUUAAGACAAAAUUUGUUAAAUCUUUCCAAUGAAUUUUAUAAUAUUAAAAUUCCUGAUUAUACUACAAUAUUUCACGAGAAAAUUCAUAAUGAAAAUCUCGAACACUUAAUUCAUGUAGAAUAUAAUAAAGAACAAAAAAACUAUUGUCCAUAUUUAUCAUUUGACAACAAUUCGUUGAAAGAGGCAGCUUAUUUACUUAGUGAAUAUUUUUAUUGUUUAGAAAAAACGUUAGAUAAAUUAAUUUACUCUAUUAUUAAACCUAAAUAUAAGCAAGAAAGUGAAAACUUACUUAAUUUCUUAUUGUGGAAAAAAAAUGUUGUAACAAUUAGAUAUUAUAUGGUUCAUAACCUCUUUUACGAAUUGAAUAAUAUGCAAUGGGAUUUUAAUAUUAACAUGAUCGAAAAAUUGUAUGACAGUAAAUUUAAAGAAACACAUUUUCAAUUUAAUUAA